GCCUGUGUCCUGGGCUGUGAGUAGGAACAAGCCAUCCCAUCAGCAGCCAUGAAUUUCCUCCGGCGGCGUCUCUCCGACAGCAGCUUCGUGACCAACCUGCCCAAUGGCUACAUGCCGGACUUGCAGCGCCCAGACAGCUCCACCAGCUCCCCUGCCUCCCCGGCCAUGGAGAGGAGGCACCCGCAGCCCCUGGCCGCCUCCUUCUCCUCUCCGGGAUCCAGCCUGUUUAGCUCCCUCUCCAGUGCCAUGAAGCAGACCCCACAGACCCCCUCAGGGCUCAUGGAGCCUCUGGGUCCCUCCACACCUGUUGUUCAAAAACCCAGGAUCCUGUUGGUGAUUGAUGACGCACACACAGACUGGUCAAAGUAUUUCCAGGGAAAGAAGGUGAACGGGGAGAUCGAGAUUCGAGUGGAGCAGGCUGAAUUCUCAGAAUUGAACCUUGCCGCCUAUGUGACCGGGGGCUGUAUGGUGGACAUGCAGGUCGUGAGGAACGGGACCAAGGUUGUGAGCAGAUCCUUCAAACCAGACUUCAUCCUGGUCCGCCAGCAUGCCUACAGCAUGGCCCUGGGCGAGGACUACCGCAGCCUGGUCAUCGGCCUGCAGUACGGAGGGCUCCCCGCCGUCAACUCUCUCUACUCCGUCUACAACUUCUGCAGCAAGCCCUGGGUGUUCUCUCAACUCAUUAAGAUCUUCCAUUCCCUGGGUCCUGAGAAGUUCCCGCUUGUGGAGCAAACAUUUUUUCCCAACCAUAAGCCAAUGGUGAGUACCCUUUUUUAAAACUAUGUUUCUUUUCAUGAUGUGGAACAAACACAGAUGUCUGAGUCCUCAGGACUCAAGGGUCACUCCGUGAUCACCUGGACUCUCAUGAAGAGCCCCAGUGUCUUGUGAGAAUGCCUGAUUUUCCUGGGGGACAAGCCAUCUCUCCAGGUGAAUUUUGGGCAGUAAGACAAAGGACAAAGGUGGACAGCAUUUUGUUGGGACCUCAGGAAUCUUUAACAUAUUAGGGACAACUUGAGCUGGCAUGUGGAGCCAGAGGUUGAUUAUAAAGGUAAAAAUGUUUUCAAGGCAAGAUGUUGUUUCACUUGAGCUCUUUCUGGGACAUGAUUUCAAACUAUAUUUUAAUACAAAGCAGCAAUGUUUUGUUUGCAGUGAUUGUUGAGGGACAGUUACCUUAUGUGUCCUUUUCACUUUCUAACUUUUGAACGCCCCUGAGGUUGUUUCUGGGAAGCAGGUGGAGCUUAGCUCAUGGUAAAGCCCCUGAUUUGGGGGAUACCUUGGAGGGAGAGACUAAGAUCUUUUUGAGUGGCAUGGAGAAUUCUCCAUCUACAUCUGGAAGGUGGGUGCAGGAGCUGUGGGCAGCUAGACACAGUCCUGUUUGUGUGGCACAGUCUUGUUAAACUGGUCAAAGGAAGGCAGGGCCAUGGCCUUGAACUUGAGCUUGCAGAGAAUAUGAGUCUCAGGAAACAGAAUAAUUAGUAGGGUAUCUGGUAGUCCAAGCUGGGGGCUGUGGCCUGUUUGUAAGAUUGGAGGUCUGGCUGCUGAACUGAACAACCCUGUUUGGGGCACUGACAAGUAAUACUAUAGGUUCUAGCUGGGAGCAGCUGGGUUAAAGCCGAGGUUUUCCAUUGAUUGUCUUUCCUCUAUACCUGAUCCAGUGAGUGUCACAGAAUCUGAGAUGUGCCAAUUGGAAUAGAAAGGGCACAAGUGUAACCAAUCAUAUUCCAACAAAGUAUGUGAAUACAGUGGAGAAAAUCUGGGGUUAAUUAUUAAACCAGCCUGAGUUUGGAUCCCAGCUAUGUCUGCAUACUACUUCUUAGGCAAUGGCUUACUGUCAGUAAACCUUGGAUUCCUCAGUUAUAUGCUGCAGAUGACAGUGGAACAACCUCAUCAAAUCAUUGCGAUUACACAUGAUCAUGAAUACAAAGUGCUGUGCCCUGCAUAUGACAGGUGCUCAAAGUACAGUAGCUCGCAAAUAGCGGUAAAACCUAUAACCUGAAACAUUUUCAACAGUGGGAGGCAAGUAGGGCAAGGGGUCUGUAGGCCUUUUGUGUGUUUCGGGAGGGUCCGCCAGCAUCAUGGAGCCUCAUGAGUUCCUGGCAUCCUCAACCAGGCUAAGCCAUAAUUGGAAUUUCAAGCGAACAAUUGGCAUCAAGGCCUCCCCUCUCCAACUCCAUCAGGUUGAUAUUCUUAGGGAAAAAACAAGGAAGGAUGAGUCAUGACCCCAGUCUGGGACUACCUGUACCCCCAGCCAUGAGUGGUUAGAUAGAAAUCCAGAUCUUGUAGAACUCUGGAGAACCCUGGCAAUAGAGUUGGGGACCAAGGUCAGAGUUGAGUUUGCAACCCAGAGAAAAUCUAGGUAACCAUGCCUGAAAUUCCUCCUGCCAAGGGUAUAAAAAGGACUGCGGUAGGCUGGGGCAGGCUGUAGAAGUGGGUGUCGGAGGGAGUGUGUACAGGCCUGGAAUUAGGGCAGCAGGACAGCCGCCCAAAGCACUCUGGUGUCCCUAUAACCCCUGUGGCUGUCAAGAUAGAACAAGGCAAGAGCCGGCAGAUAUGUGAUAGAAAUAAAACCACUUUACUGUUUAGAAUAAAGGACACACUAUAAAAAGUGAACAUUAUGCAACAUUACAAGACAAUAUACAUUCACGGAAUAUAAAAUUCAUAAAUAACAUGGAGGAAAACUGUAAACAGUGCUACAAAAUUUAGCAACAAAUACAUUCCUUCUAGACAGGGUUUUCUCUGGUUGGUUUCUCUCCAUCACUUCUGGGUUUCAGGACAGCAGACUGGCUGUGGGGAACGUUGGGGACAUAGAAGAA